CCUCGCCUGCCAAGUUGCUGACUUUUUCCUCCUGCCGUUUUCUUUUUUUUUUUUUUAAGGGCUGUUUCUGCUCCCCCGGGAAGAAAAGAAAGGCCUGCCUGUGCUCCUCGUGGCUGAGAAAAUGGAGAUUGAGUUGCUAAAAGCCCGAGACAGGACCCUGAGCGUCUUCCGCGAAGAAGAAGAACGGGAGUGGAAGGGCCCUUUCUAUUUCAUUCAAGGAGCGGACCCUCAGUUUGGGCUGAUGAAGGCUUACAGCAUCGGCGAUUGCAGCAGUGGUGGAGACGAAUGGAAAGCCGAAUUGAGCCUCACGGGGCAAGCUGUGGGAGCCAUUAACCGCCUGAACCCAAAACCAAAGUUUGUCGUUCUCUGCGGAGAUUUAAUACACGGCAUGCCUGGGACAGAAUGGCGAGAGGCUCAAAUUCGGGAUCUAAGAAAUGCCCUGGUGUCGCUUAGUCCCGACAUCCCUCUGGUUUUCGUCAGCGGCAACCACGACCUGGGGAACACGCCGACUCCGGAGACCAUCAGCAAUUACUGCCAGCAGUGGGGCGAUGAUUACUUCAGCUUUUGGGCCGGGGGCGUCUUCUUCCUCGUGCUGAAUUCCCAGCUGUAUUUCGAUGCUUCUCAGUGCUCAGAAUUAAAGGCGGCGCAGGAUGCGUGGCUGGAGCAGCAGCUGGCCGUGGCGGAGAAAAAGCAAUGCCGCCAUGCCGUUGUCUUUCAGCACAUCCCCUUCUUCGUAAACGAUCCCGAGGAGGACCACAACUACUUCAAUCUGGAGAAGGACGUGCGACACGAACUCAUGGAAAAAUUCUGCCGAGCAGGUAUUAAAACGGUAUUUUCUGGACACCUUCACAAAAAUGCUGGAGGAACGUACAAAGAUCUCAACAUGGUCGUUUCAUCAGCCAUUGGAUGCCAGCUAGGAGAGGACUACCAUGGAGUGCGGCUAGUAUGGGUCACCGCAGAAAAGAUAGAACAUAAAUACUACAGUCUAAGCGAGCUGAGUUUUCUCAAACUGUAGCAUUUAUGGACUAUCUUUUCCAUUUCUGUUUUGAUUCCUGACACCCUCACCAUUGUCCAUGUUGGCUGGAGCUGCUGGGAGUUGUGUGUUUCAGCAGCAAUUUUGAAGAUCAUCACCCUAAAUCCCUCUCUCUAACUGAAUGGCUAACCAGCACAACAUCCAUUUGAUUGAAGCAUCGAUCGCGCAGUCUGGUUUGUCAAUCCUCAAAUCUUCCAGGAGAAGUAAAUAAGAAGCAUUUUAUUCCAGUCCCAAUAAAAUAGAAUUCCCUCAUCUCUCCUGUUAGUCGAUUGCUUUUCACCUUCGCGUCCGAGGAAAUUCCACUGGGACUGUAUUAAC